AGGGAAAGGGAACAAGAGAAUCAUCCACUAUUCCCUUCGCUUCAAUCUCUACUGGAUCAGCAAAGGUGCUGCUUUCUUUUUAUCAUAUCAGAUCAAAGGUCGCAAGUCUGUCAAGAGAGAGCUCUUACUUGAGGCAGUUAAAGCAAACAAUUCUAUAUGGUUCAAAUGGAUAAUGCGAGGAUGAGAUCAGGGAAUGUCAUGUCCGUGGAGAUUGCGCUACAAAGAGAAGCAGAGUACCAAAAGAGAAUACAGAAUUUGCAGAAGCCUUCUGACUAUGAUUCUAAGAAAACCCUUGUGCCUGACCAGGUGGUACCUUCUAAAGUUGUACCUGAAGAGAGUCAACAAAAAUUCUCUUUGCAGUAUGAGUCAUGUUCUCAAGGUAUGCUGAAUGACCUUGUAUCUAAUAAACAAAAGCUUGGACAUGAGCGUCCUAUUACCAAAAGGGAAGUGACUCAUCUGCAGUUUCAGGAACCAUCUACCCCAAUCCAGGGAUCAUCAUCUUCGGUGGGUAUGAAGCGCAAAACUCCUGAAAGGUUCACAUGUUCAUCGCCACAACCAGAGCAACAGUCCUAUGUACCACAAACAGUCAACAUAUGGUGCGAGGUAUGCCAAAUCCCAUGUACAAGUGUAUUCAAUUUCAAGCAACACUGUCAAGGAAGGAAGCACAAGAGCAAAGUAGAAGUAGAAGAGUUGACGCAGAAAAAAAAAUUAGAAGUAGAAGAGUUGAAGCAUUUGAACAUCUGUAAUGAUAAGAAAGAUUCAGGGACAAUAUGGUGUGAUAUAUGCUCGGUCCCAUGCACGGACGGAUCAGCUUACAGACAACAUUGUAAUGGUAAAAAGCAUGCUGCUUGCCUGAAAGCCUUUAAUAAGGCAAUGAGAGGCAAAUGAGUUGGAACUGAAAACUGAAUGGCAAAUAGUAGAUUUGAUCAGUGGUUGAUUAGAACAGUCCUGCAUUUCUUUUGAACAAUCUGUGUCGAUGUCAAAUUUGUGAAAUCAUACACUGGCUAUUUUGGAAGGUA